GCUGAAAUGUAAAAAAAGAGACAGCGAUCCUGUCCUUUAAAUAUAAUCUGUAUUCUGUGAUACAGAUCGUUUUCCCAAAUCCCAGACAAUUAGCAUUCAAGGACAUAAAUGCUUUUCUGUAACUCUUGGCUAAUCAUUUGUUAAGACGGCUUCUCCAAGAGGUACAAUACCACCGAUACCUUUAUUACAACUGAUGAUAAGUACCAAACUAUGAGUUUUACACAAGGUUUAGCGAAGAUCAAAGAAAAUGAUGAUAAACAUAAAACAACUCCUAUCGCGAAAGUGGCACCUGAACUCAAACAGAGUAAUGACGUUGAUACACAAAUAUCAAAGACUUGCGCUGUUCUAGGUUGUGAAGAAUCAAAAAAUUUUAAUGCCGACUCAUUUUUCCCUUUUCCUGAAGAUGAACAUCUAAGACAGAUAUGGACAGAUCUGACUGGCAGGAAUAAUUGGACACCAACAGAUUACUCUUAUAUUUGUGUUCAACACUUUUCAGUAGAUUGUUUUGAAUGUGACUCUAAUAAUGCUGUAGUUCUUGUUAAUAAGGCAGUACCCUCAUUAAAACUACCUAAACAUGUUUUAGAGGUUGAAUAUAUUGAAGAAGAUUCUUUGGACAAUGAAGCUGAAGAUGAAGACUACUUGGAAAAUGAUUAUGAAAUGGAUGUUGAUGAUUCAGCUUUUGAGAGAUCAGGAACAAAUGAUACAACUAUACAGAAAUCAAAUGAUUACCCUAAAGAAAUAUCUGCAACCAAUGGACCAACACAUUCCAAUAGUAAUUCAAAUGGAGACAUAAAAGAACAUUCUGACAUGGAAAAGUCCUUCAGUGACAUGCAAGUUAAACAAAAUUUUAAAGUAUUAAAACUCUUUACUGAAGUACAAAGAAUGCAACGUGAGUCAAUUGAAAUAAAAAAUAAAUAUAGAUAUGCUUUGCGCUCAUAUAAACGUCAAACACGGUUUUUAACAAGGCUUCGUGAAGUAAUAGAAAUGAAGAAAAAAAUUUUAGAACAAAAGAAGAAAAAGAAGUCACGAAUUCUUCUAUCAUUGCAAGACAAAAUAAAAGAAGAUACAAGUGGUCUUGUUCUAGCAAUGCCAACCAGACAUACAGAUGAUUUAAAGAAUUUUGCUUUGAGUAUUUAUAGAUAUUCUCCACAGGCCUACAUAUAUAUCAGAAAUGCUCUGAGAACUCUUUUACCAGGCAUUGAAACACUAGAUUCAUGGAUGAAUUCAGGCUAUGAACCAAGAAAUGUCCUCACUAACAGCAAUCUAAUAAAAAUAACAACAGAUUUAAAUGAAACUGAAAUGAAUUGUAAGAUUACAUUACGUUAGUUUAACAGAAUAGUAUGAUUUCUAAAUAUCUUCCAUUUUUAUUUGUGUCAAGUUUACUUUUAAUUUGAGAAGGAAAUAAAUCAAAUACACAAUGUACAUGUCA